AUGUCUCAAAUUCGUUAUGCUGUUGACGAAUCUUCGUCAUCUGGUCCAGGUGAAUCAUCGUCUGAUGAGAGGCCUGGACCUACGCAUAGUGCUAUCCAAGGGUCGAUCUCAAAUCCUGUUCAACGACAGGCUACCAGUGCGGCUGAACGAAAACCGCACCAUUCUAGACACGAAGCAGAAGGGGUCAAGAAUGCGCAGCUUGAGAACCAGGCACUGAAGGAAAGACUCCGCGUUGUGGAGGAACAGAACAAGAUACUAUCGACCAAUAAGGGUCGUCGCAAGAAGGAUGAUGCGGUUGCUGACGACAUUCUGGCCUUCGAAGCGGAACUCAAGGAGAUUGCAGUUCUGGCAGAAUUGUACGACACGCUCCCCCAACACCUGCAUUACCUGGUGCCGAUGAAUCGGUUUUCGAACAUGUUCUCCAAGGCAGUCUGUGCUGGCCGUGCCUCCGAGCUUAACAAGCUCAGGAGUGUCGCUGGUCAGAUUUUCGAGCUUCCUCAGCGUUACUUCGCCAUCUCAUUUGCUCGCGACACAGAGCCUGAGAUUCGCCGACUACUUGGCACCACUGGCAAUCCCGGCGAAUUAUAUCCGACUCUGCCACCUAUGUUGUUUCCAGGGAAUACUGUUGACCCCAGUCGCAAAACCCUGUUUGGCAACUGGCAACUCAUUGCUAAGACGCUGAGCUGCUGCCUGAAGGGCAGAACAUCACUCUCCAAUGAGGGUAGACGACAGGGUGGUGCUCCGCCCAAUGCAGUUAAGUGGGGCGUCACGGCAGUAACACCUGGGGCUGUGGCUUGGGCUAUUGUCGCAAACAUCUUUGAGCCCCUUCAGUGA